UUGGCGUUCAGGGAUUGCGUAACUCACCUGGGGGAUACACUGUUUGAGUCGAGCGUCAUCACAGUGACUAUGCAGCCGAAUGCACACAAUGCUACUGCGCAGCGCUGGUUUCAGGAAAUGAAUAAAAAUCCUGGAAAUACCGAGAGCUUUUUGGCUUCAAAUCCUUAUACAGGUGGGAGGCAGAACCAAGUUGUCCAUAGUAUAUAGUCUAUGGGCCUAACCAAAUAACACAUUGAAAAGUAAAGGAAACAAAAUUUGUGUACUUUUUUUUUUUAUCUGCACCGUUUCUUUUUUUUAUUAGUUGCAGCAGGCCUUUUUUUUUUUUUUUUUUUGCAUCUGUAAUUUCCGUUGUGACUUCUUUUUUUUUUUGCAUUCUUUUUUAUUUGCAGCAGUGGCAGUUAUCAGCCACCGUACAUAUGGUUAAACAACUAAAAUAAAACAAAAACAAAUAAACAAAGAACAUUACAUGACACUUUCAUGAUGUUUAAGUUGGCUCAUAAAUGAGUGCUGACCAUUUUAAUAGCAUCGCAUUUAUUUUGAAAAAUCUUAACCGGAAACUCCACUCUUCAAACCAACAGCCUUGACGCUUGCCCUGCAUGGUCGCUUUCCGUCCAUAAGAAAUUAUGAAAGUGUGCAGUGUCCAUCUACCUUGUCUGUAAGCGGAGGUGUUGCAGAUCGUCCCGGAGCAUCAGCGAAGCGAACAGAGUGUCCAGCCAGGAGUGUCACUGUCCCUGGACGUCAGGGAGACACUGUCACCCCUCCGCUGACUGACUGACUGAUCCCCGGCAUGCGGGGCCGCUUUCUCCUUGGAUGACCUACACACCACCUUUCGCACAAGCAACGGACGUCGGUUCAUUAAGCUGAACACCUGCUGGUUAGGAGGAAUAGCAGGGCUCGUUACAUUGACACCGGACAACGAGUCGAAGCGAGUGUCUUGCAGGAGUACCUGACACGGGCGGAAAAAAAGCACGUCCACCAAAAUUUUGUUUUUCAACGUGGCUGCGUCAGGGGAAGCGGACCGAGGAGUGGAGGUUGCAGAGUUGACAGUACAUGGUUGUUGUACCUGGUCAUAAAAUAGACACGAGACUCUCUAAACACAGACACCACAGCAUUUCCUGAGGUUACUGUUGUUCACAUGAUGUACACAAUCACCAGAGGUCCCAGCAAACUUGUUACACAACGGAGGACAGGUGGGUGAAUGUGUGUGUGUUAUCGACAGCAUGAUGCAAUGUAACAUCAGACUGAUUAUUUCACCAUGUAGACAGACUUUAUUAUUGACUGGUUAGGGGUCCACAUGGUUCUGUAGCUGUAUGCAGAUCAUGGUCUUAAAGAAAGUGUGCAGACAAUGGAAAUUAUUCAACCCAGAAUUUUGUCUUCAAGGUCCUACACAACAAAUCGAGAGCAAAUUCAGCGACCUGAAGCUCAAGCCGACAUCUUGGCUUUCUGCAAAGUAAGUAGCCGCUCAGAGAGUUGUGGUGGUGCGUGAAUUGAAAAAAUACUUAUGCUUACUGUUUUAACUGCGUGGGCCCAAAAUACACCGCACGUGCGCCAGGACUGCGAUCAUGUAACGCAUCGGCGUGACGGGGGUGAAACUUCAACUUCAAUUAUCGGACACAACAGACACACUGACCUUGUUGAAGCCAACAGCUACUUAACUUUAGUAUUGUUUACUGUUAACGGUUAGAGACGAAACGCCUGUUCGUCAACUCUGACCCUAACUGCCCUGCGACGCAAGGAGUCUGUGCUCCCUUCAGGUGCUGCUCGGAAGAAACAAUAUUGUGCAGGACAGCGCUUGGCUGACAGUUAUUUACUGUACACCAGGACAGUUUAACUUCUUUGAAUCGUUGAUCUAAAAAGGGGCGGAAAAGUUAUGAUAGAAAACGGCCAGUUUCAAUACAAAAUGGAAAUACAGCCUCCAAACUAACAGUUAAUUAUUUUUAAAUGUCUGUUUGAAACUUUGAAUGAGACUUAAAUUAGUUGCAGGGUGUAUCAAAAAAGCUAUUAUCUGAGAAUGUAUCACUUUAGCACCAUUAUUUAGAACCAAGUUUUUUCUGGAAGUGAUUCAUGAUUAGGAUACAACUUUAUCAGAAUGAGUGUUUUUACAUCACAUUAUCAUACUAUCUACAUUUUCUUAUUUUAUAGAAAUGCAUUCUGGGAUAAGGAAGGAAAAGUUUUAUUUGACCAAAGUAAAAAGGACCACCAUUUUGCUGACCCAGUAAUUCCAUCAAAGUCCAGAAUGACCAUAGAAUAAGAAACAUUUUUUCAACAUGGUGUGAAGCAUCCAACAAAAUAAAUCCAGAUGCCCAUCAGUCUCCUGUGGAGGUCUCCAGCAUAUACUUGGAGCAUAAAUCCAUCACUAUGUGAGACUGACCUGUUGUGGUGUGAUGCGGCCUGUCUCAGUCCCUGGACUGAUUCUCUUAAUUAAUUCUGAUCCCUGCAGCUCUCCACCCCCAAAGAUCGUCUUCAACCGUCUGAACGGGAAGCGUUACCACAGCACAGCCACACAGAAGCCUGCCAGCUCAGCAGAGGGAUUCACUCCUGCACAUGAAGAGAACGUCAGAUUUGUGUUUGAAGGUGAGGGUCACAGGUCAAAGGUUAUGUGGACAGGAGCUUGGAUGUCAUGGUGUGCCAUACUCCUGUUACUCUCCAGUGCUUUCUUAUUCUGCCUCUGACAACAGCGGUAAUGCUUAACUGUGUACUUUUCAUCUACAAUCAAAAUUAAAACAAAGCAUCAGUUGGUAAAUCAGUCAGAAGAUGAGACAAACUCAUAUCUUACUGUUUUAAGUUUUAUAGAAACUCUGUACUCUCCUUUCCUGCACUUUUUUAAACAGAUUUAACAUGUUAAAAACUGCAGCCACAUAUUCACUUAUGAGUAAGAGCCACUUUAAAAAGUAGCCUUACCUCAAAGAUGAAGAGUAAAGCUGCGCUCAAGAAAAGGAAAAAAAAAAAAACGAGAAUAAAGGGUAACUAUUUCUUUUUAGAGCCUGUAAUACCCAACAAUCAUUCACCAUCUAAGCUUUGCAUGUUGUCCUUGCGUUGUUGUUUACCAGCAUGCUUUGUUGCUGAACAAUAUUUGGUGCCCUGUUGGAAAUCAGUGACUUGCAGGCCUAAAUUGUCCUUGUGUCAGUUCAUCUUUGUCACUUUUAGAGGGCGGUCAGCCAAGGUCGCUCUGAGGUGACCUUUUUUUAACAUUAAGGUCAGUCAGGGAAGAGAGUGCUGCACUUUUCUUCAUUGCCCACACUCAAAAGAAAAACUUCUAAAAGCCUUUGAGUUUUAAGUAAAAAGUUUGAUGAGCCUGACUCCUUAAACAUGUUUACUAUUAAAGAAAAAAGGGAAAUGUCAACAUAUUUCACCGCGAACAAGUUUAUCUAGCAGAACACACCCCCAUGCACUUGCACACAUACUACAGGUUUUAUUGCAUGUGUUUUUCUCCUUUUCAUUCACACCAUUUUGAGUCCAACAAACUGAAUUAAGUAAACACAGUGUCGCUGAAAGUCUGUGUUCAAGGUAAGCCAAAACCUUGAGGCUUAUCAAUGAGUGAAGCUGGAAAACUUUCGAAGAUAAAAGAAAAAAAAAAACACCCCAGAGACAAGUCUAGCCCUCUCUCAAAGGUGCUGGGAUGUCUGAGUGUCAGGUAGUUCAGUCAGAAACAUACAAAGACAAAAAAAUCUAAAUUUUCUAAGAUAUAAAACCGUUAACUGGAGAAGUAAGAUCUUUGUUGACAGAGCUUGUGUUUGAGUUCAUUUAGCAUACAGGAUAUGUGUGUUGUUUCAUUUCAGCGUGGCAGGAGGUGGAGCAGAAGCUGGGGGACGGGGACAAUGUGGAGUCGCCUGAAAGCCGGGGGCCCAUCCAGUACACCGAGAAGACCCCCAGUGCUGCGAUGAAGAGUAAGUAACUGGGUCCCACCUCCAAACAGAGUGACCAUGGCUUAGCUGGUGCAAUUUCCAUUCAUAAAUAGACUGUAAUUAGUCUGAGAAUACAAACAUAGUAAACUGCACCCCGUUCAAUCUAAUCCCACCACUGAGAGUUUUAUGGCACCACAUAAACCUCUUUGUGAAUUGUUGCGCCAUGAACUUUGAGCCUCUUAUUGUGCCUUGUUCGAAGUUUUCUUGGCUAUUUAAAUAUCACCGGAAAGCUGAAUGGCUGCUCUCUGUGGGAAUCCCAUUCUUGCUGCUGAUUUGCUGGGCUUUAUCUUCAGCCAGAGGGCAACUGUUGUAAUAGUUUGCUUUAAUCUUUAACUCUUCUUUGGGCUACACAAACCUGGCUGUUCCAGAUAAACCAGCCCUGACUGCUCACUGCAGCAUGUCCUGACUUGUCUCACACACACCUGUCUCCUCUGGUUUUGUGGACCACUAGAGGUCAAUCCUUCCAGGAAUAAAGAGAAACUAAUUCUUAUAUGUGACAAUAUAAGCCACAUGUAACACUUUUUCCCAGGACAUGGUAUUGUUAGAAUUUAUGGGAUGGCUGUCUGGCUUUUCUAUUGCCUUUUUCACAGUUUGUUGCAUAAUUUGUCUGUUUCAAUAUGACCAUGACCCACUGAAGAUCAAUUCUACAAACUUUUCCUUUAGUGAAACCAUGAUAGUGGUAAUAAAUUCUGAAUAGCAGGGGCAACACCAGGGACAACCAGCGCACACAUAACGUGAAUUAUGGCUAUGGUAAUAUACUGGUAUUAAUGGUAACCAUCUUUGAGAGGAAGAAUUUCAAAAAUAUCAACAUCGUCCUAAAAAUAAGCAAACAGUGAUACCAUGAGUUCACAGUGGCGGACACGGGUGAGUUCAUACCUUCACGUUGGUGGCCACAUGUCAUAAAAGAGAAGGGAGACAAAGCAGCCCCGAGAGGUGAUUUGACACUUUCAAGGAUUUAUUGUGAAUCCAAGGACAAGGUUAGAGCUCGUUCCUCUUCAGGUUAUUGAUCAAUUGAACAUUUAGACUUUCUAAUGCUUCUUUUAACUCGUUUUAUUCAGCUCUGUAACUUCGGUCUACUAGAAGUAGUAUUAUUCAAGGUAAAAUACUGUGUAUGAAGUGGUCGUCUCCUUAAAGCUUUCAGUGACAGGGCUCCUGAUGUGGAUAAAUCAUAGAUUUGAAUGUUAUUGGAAAUGGAGGAUGAAAAGUAAGUUGUGUUUCUUGGUAAGGUUUGUGAAGUUAAGUGUUGUUCCACCCUUGUCCUUUUUUUCGAACUUGGAUUGUCUGGUUUUAUUCUCAAGUCUUCCAUCGUUAUCUUUAAUGGCCACAAUAGUUGUGAGGAGAACAUCUGAUAUCACAACAGCCUUACUGUGAAUGACGUUUAGGUAAGUGUGACUUUUUGCAGCUGAGCAGACUGAUGUGUAGACUGAAACAUGACAGAGUUCAGACUUAUUUGAAUACUGUUACCAGCCUGCCGGGACUCUAUUUUACUCAACCAUUGCUUACUAUUACUGUACAUCAUCCCUUACAUGAUGAUUAAAAAUAAUGAAUACCUUACCCUGAAAAUGCCAGGCCAAAUCAAAUAAAGAAUCGUCUGGUCUGUAUGUUUAUAAUUCCAGCCAGCCUCAACGGUGCUUUGUUCUGAAUGGUUGAUAGGGUUGGUUGGCAUACGGACACUGUAAUGAAGUGGUGAAUUCGGUGACUGUAAAGCCUGACAUGUUUUAGUAGUUGUUAUGACCCGUCUAGGGGUGGCUUGGACACAGCAUGGAAAAGGACCCAUUUCAUCCAUCUCUCAAACAGCCACACUACUAUCUUUCAGUACUAUCUGGUUUUAACAAUAAUACACUUUGUUUACAAAAGAAAAGUGACUUUAGAACAACAAAGAACAUUGACCUCCUCAGGAUGAAUCAAAGAUGACUAAAAAUACUGAUUAAACUUACAAAUUAUGAACUAACAAAGCUCUGCAUACUGCUGUGACACGGACAUUUGGGAAAUGGAUGUGAUGGGUUCCCCCUGCACCGCGGUGAUGUCACUUCUCCUCCUAAUAUCAAAAUAGAGCUCCUUACCAGCCUACUACCUGUCCACACAUCAGGAGCAGGCAAUAGCACACCUAAUUCAACUGAUAGCUAGGCAGCAACCUCACCACACAUGCUCCAAGGACAACAUAACUAAAUAAAAUACAAUAACGGAACAUUACAUUUUUCCCCUCCAGGCAGUUCCUCAACACUGUUGACUCAGACUUGAAAUUGUAAAAUUAACAUAAGUAAUAUAACAUCCCAUUUUGCUUUUAACAAGAUAAGACAGAACAGCAUUAUCAACAUAUUGUCACAUCUUCUGGUCUUUUUAGUCUUGAAGUACAGGCGACUUUGGUUUUCAUGUGACAAAUCAAUAAUUAAUGAAGAAAAUAAAUCAGUAGUAGAUUACUGAUUAUACUUUAAUUUUGUUUCCAUGCAGACUUUGUGCCCAUCGACCUGGAGGAGUGGUGGGCUCAGCGUUUCCUCGCCAACAUCGCCAACCUGUCAUGACUGUGUGAGGCUUUGAGCCAGGACAGGAAGCCCUGCAUGGAUGCUCCAUCGUAGAGGUGGAGGGGAGGCGAGAGCGUCUUCAGGUUAUGUGGUACUUAAGGCCAGAAAUGCAUUGGAAUCUGAUUUGAUGUCCUGUGCUUCACUCUGCUGUAGAGAAAACUGGGCAAACACAAAACAGCCCGCCGAAGCAUCAGCAGCAAUUGUAACUGUGGACUCUGGCAGCGCUGAGGAGAAGGACCCAUCUCUCUCUCUCUCUGUGUAGAGGAUGAAUCAGAUUGAAGCUGUGAGAUUUUUCUAGAUAAAGAAACUGCCUCCUUUUCUGAAGUGUGCUCAGCUGAAUGUACGUCAUGGGUGAUCUUUUAAUAUGAAAUUGUUGAAAAGCAAAAGUAAACUGUUUUUCAAAACGGC